GUGCCCCGAGUCAAAGCAGGAACCACCCGACGAGCACGGCAUAAGGCCGUACUCGCCACCACCAAAGGCCACCGAGCAGCACGUAGCAGCCGAUACCGCGUCGCCAAAGAGUCGAUGCUUCACGCGCUCGACUACGCCACGCGUCACCGCAAGCUUAAGAAGCGCCAGAACCGUGCCCUCGCCAUCACGCGCAUCAACGCCGCCGCUCGCGAGCACGGGUUGAGUUACUCAUCCCUGAUCAACGGACUCAAAAAGGCCGAGAUUACCCUCGACCGAAAAUCGUUGGCCGAUCUAUCCAUCCGCCAACCCUCGGCAUUCGCCAAAGUGGUCGCUUCCGCCAAAGCGGAACUCUAG